AUGUUUCACCUACUGCUCUCGUUAAUGACAAUAACAUUAGUUGGAUGUAACAACGAAAAUAAAAUUCUGACAUUUCCCGAUGGAUUUCUGAUAGGGGCUGCUUCAUCUGCUUAUCAAGUCGAAGGUGCAUGGAAUGUUGACGAUAAAGGAAUUAGUAAUUGGGAUCAUUUUGUACAUCAUAACCCGGAAAGAAUUGUUGAUGGAUCGAAUGCUGAUGUUACCACUGAUUCGUACCACAGACAUGAAGAGGACGUAAAUAUACUUAGUGAUUUGGGGGUCGAUCAUUACCGCUUUUCUAUGAGUUGGUCAAGAAUUUUGCCAAAAGGUCAUAGUGGUUACGUGAGCAAAAGUGCAUUACGUUACUAUCAUAGUCUUUUGGAUGAACUAGAUGCCAAAGGAAUCAUACCAUUUGUAACGAUAUAUCAUUGGGAUCAUCCACAAUCUCUAGAAGAAGCGGGAGGAUGGUUGAAUGAUAACAUGCCUCAGUGGUUCGAAGAUUACGCUAGAGUGAUUUUUCAAAACUUCGCACAUCGCGUAAAAUAUUUUGUGACUCUAAACGAGUUAAAUAUAUACUGCACUAUGGCUUAUAGAAGAGCUGAGCAUCCUCCAGCCAUAAAAUUAAACGGGACAGGCGACUAUCAAUGCCUUCAUAAUCAAUUAAAGGCUCAUGCUCUUGCAUAUCAUGUUUAUGAUGAGGAAUUUCGUAAAGAGUUUAAUGGUCAACUUGGUAUUACAACUUUGUGUUUUGGUCACUUCAGUAAAGACACAAUCGAUUUAGCAUCCGAAGAUCUUGCCUAUGAAUUUGAAUGCGGAUGGCCAUCUCAUCCGAUUUUUUCGGAAACCGGCGAUUACCCUGAAGUUAUGAAAAAACAAGUUGCUCUAAGAAGUAAAGCUCAAGGCUAUAAAACCUCCAGACUUCCAGUAUUUUCUGAAGAUUGGGUCGCACGUAUUAAAGGAACAUCAGAUUUCUUUGGACUAAAUUAUUACUCAAGUAGAAUAGUUAAACGUUUAUCAACAUCUUCAAGAAUUAAUUGGCCAAACGAUGAAGGGUUGGAAUAUACUAUGGAUCCCAAAUGGGUAUCAGCGCAAAGAACUAAAAAUAAUAUUCAAAGUAAAGUGAUAUUACAACUUAUUUUAAAGGUCGUUCCCGAAGGACUUGGUAAAGUAUUGAGGAAAAUAAGAGAAAAAUACAACAACCCUACAGUGUACAUAACCGAAAAUGGUGUAUCAUCUUCAAGCGGCAAAAAUGACGACGAGAGAAUAAAUUAUCUACGCUCUCAUUUGAAAGUAAUAUUAUCAGCUGUAAAUGACGGAUGUAACAUAAAAGGUUAUACAUAUUGGAGCUUAUUAGACAGUUAUGAAUGGGAAGCAGGAUUCACAGCUCAGUUUGGAUUAAUGCACGUUGAUUUUAAUGAUGCUAAUCGUACUCGAACCCCUAAAAAAUCUGUACAUUGGUUAAAAAAUGUAAUCAGUACAAGAAAACUGUUUUUAUGAAACACUUAUCUUGUCAAGGGA